GGGAAAGGAAGGAGAGGGAAACAGAGUGAGGAGGUCAGCAACAUCGGGAAAAGCUCAAUGCAAAGAAAAUGAUCAUCAGCAUCAGUGAAGAAAACGACAGGAACCCAGAGAACAUGGCAGCGGGGGAAUAUUUAAACCGCUGUCAGAGGAUCUCCAGACAGGAGCGGGCAGGCAGGGUCGCUAGACCUUGUACCAAUGGACAAAAUCCAUUGAUACCAGAGCAUGAGAUCAACAAGAUGGGCGCAGACAAUGAGCGGACUCACCUGCUGUUUGUGAAAGCGCUGGGCAGUAGGAGCUGUCUGGACGGAGUCGUGCAACUCAUGGGAUGCCACCCUCAGUACUUGGAGUCAUUCCUGAAAACCCAACACUACCUGCUGCAUAUGGAUGGACCUCUUCCCUUCCACUACAGACACUACAUCGCCAUCAUGGCGGCAGCUCGACACCAGUCCUCUUACUUGGUGGAAGUUCACAUUAAUCAGUUUUUGCAGGUGGGUGGUGACCCACAGUGGUUGCAGGGGCUUGACUGUAUCCCUCAGAGACUGAGGAACCUCAAUGAGAUCAACAAGAUCCUGGCACACAGGCCCUGGCUCAUCACCAAGCAACACAUUGAGAAUUUGCUGAAAACUGGAGAGCAUUGCUGGUCACUGGCAGAGCUGGUGCAUGGCGUUGUGCUGCUGGCUCAUUACCACUCGCUGGCGAGUUUUGUAUUUGGCUGUGGAAUAAGUGCUGAGGGAGGACAUGAGGGUGGCCAUGUCUUAAGGCCAUCAUCAAUUAACAAUCAAGGAGACACAACGAAUGGAAAUGGUAACAUCCCGGACCCAUCACUGGCGCAUCGCAGGCGAAGGUCAGUGGACUAUUCCAGUGAUUCCGAAUAUUUGGCAGACAGGAUUCAGAAAUUUCAAGCUGAGAAAGAGAAUGAAGAAGAGAUGCUGCGGGAUGAAAUAUGGAUGGGACUAGAGACAGAAAAAGACACAAGUCCACCAACCAGAGCUCUGGAGGAUAAACCUGUCACAAUGCCUGACUUGUCCUGUUAUGUAGAAGACCCUGAGUUUGGUUACCCUGAGUUCGCCAGAAGAAGUGGAGAGCAGCUACCUGUUUUCCGGGCUCAGGACUAUUCCUGGGAAGACCAUGGCUUCUCACUCGUGAACCGGCUGUAUUCAGACAUUGGUCACCUUCUGGACGAAAAGUUCCGCACUGUGUACAGCCUGAAGAACGGCAACAUGGCCAAACAGCGGGGCUGCGACUUCUCAGCACUCAAUAGGGGCAUUUGGAACUACAUCCAUUGCAUGUUUGGUAUUAGGUACGAUGAUUAUGAUUAUGGUGAGGUGAAUCUUUUCUUGGAGAGGAACCUGAAGGUUUACUUAAAGACUGUGACUUGCUACCCAGAAAAAACAAAGCCUCAGAUGUUUGAGAGAUACUGGAGGCAGUUUAAAUAUUCAGAAAAGGUUCGUGUGAAUCUGUUGAUCCUGGAAGCUCGGAUGCAGGCAGAGCUUCUCUAUGCACUGCAUGCAAUAACCCACUAUAUGAUCUCUUAAGAAGAUCAUAAAGAAGGAUCUCCUCACCUGCAGAGGACUUUUUUUUUAAAAAAGUAAAGACUGAACAUAAGCUUAAAGACUUGAACGUCUUCUUGGAUGGAGGCAUCGUAGGGCAGCUGGUACCAUGCCGUAGUGUCUGCGGCAGUUAAUGUGCAAUUAUUGACAGUGACACAAUCGAGCAUUGUGACUGUGUGUACAGAGAAUGAUGUAAUUUCACAAAAGUGUUUCAUGCCUCAACACCAAGUAUUCACUUGAGGAUUUUCAACCUCUCGACAAGUUUUCAGAAGUCAAAAGGCUAUCACAUCAGUGGUUUGCGUAACUACCAUCAACGUACGGAAUAUUUUCAAGCCUUGAUGUUGGGACAGAUGAGCCCCCUUUUUUUUGGAAAAGAAAGACUUAUUUUUGCUAUGAAUAGUAAUAACAGAUACUAUGUUUGACACGUGUUGAGUCUGUUUCAUAUUGGAAUGGCGUUUCCAAAUCCUUGCCAUAUUACUUUUGGUUUUAUGACUUAUCCAAAGCCUUGUGU